AUGUGGGACCCGCACUGCCCCAACAGCGGUCGCUGUCUCCCUACCGUUCGCCCGGGCCGAGAUGGUCCAAGCCCCGUCUGCUGCGUGGAGUUCGACCCUUCCGGGGGCCCGAUCAUGGUUGCGGUCUGCUUCGACCGGGCCGUCUACUUGUACGACCUCCGGGCCAUAUCCUCGGGCCCAACGCUCGUGCUCGACGGGCAUCGUGGGCCCGUUACAUACACAAGGUUCCUCGACUUCCGUAAGGUGAUCUCAUCGUCAGUCGACGGGAGCAUAAUUAUGUGGAGCCUAGAAAACGAGGUGGGCCCGGCCGGUUUGCAUCCGGGAGUUCGAUCGGAUGGCGGAGGAGCAGACGGGACCCGGUCGAGACUCGGGUUUCGUGAGCGGUGUAUGCUGGCGGCAGAUGGGCGGUGCAUGUUGGUUGCCGGCGGGUCGGAUGGGGUGCUGCAGGCAGAGCCGGUCCUGAAAAAUUCGAGGCCCUGGGCUAAAUGA